CCACCGCAGCAGCAGCUGCAGCAGCAGCCGCAGCAGCAGCCGCAACAGCAGCAGCCGCAGCAGCAGCAGCAGCAGCAUGCUGAGGAGAAGGGCUGGGGGGGCCCCCGCAAAUUGCUUUCUCGCUUUAUGGGGAGACCCCAAAAGGAGACAGCAGCAGAAAGAGACUCUGCUGAAAACAAGGCAGCAGCAGCAGCACCAGCACCAGCAGCAGCAGCAGCAGCAGCAAACAGGGGGCCCCCUAGAGAGGGCCCUCACAGUGGUGGGUACCAAGGGGGCCCCCACGAAAGGGCCCCCCGUGGGGGCCCCCUUAGGGACAGAGAAGGGGACAAAGCCAGAGCCAGUUUGCUGUGCAGCGCCAGCAGCAGCAGCAGCAGCAGCAGCAGGAACAGCAACGACUGCAGCAGCAGCAACGACUGCAGCAGCAGAGGCAGCAGCAUAGUAGAGGGGCGUCGCCUGUCCUCGAGCGUAGGCGAAACAGCAGCAGCAGCAGCAGCAGUAGCAGCAGAAGCAGUAGCAGCAGAAGCAGCAGAAGCAGCAGAAGCAGCAGCAGCAACUGAGUUGCACCAAGCCUCCCUAAGCGACGCAGUAGGGGCCCCCUUGGCGGGCCCCUCAGCACCCCUUGGGGGCCCCUCAGUACCCCCUGGGGGCCCCUCAGUACCCCCUGGGGGCCCCCUAAAAGACCCCCCACCCUCGAGGGCGGGGGGCCCCCCUGAGGGGCCCCCCGAGGGGCCUAGUUGGGGGCCCCCCAGGGGGCCCCCAGAGGGGCCCCCCGAGGGGCCCCCAACUAGGGGGACUAGCAAAGGGGACAGCAGCAAAGGGGACAGAAUAAUAUCUCACAACUUUAGGGGCCUUCAAAGGUCAUUAAGUAGUGCUAUGCAGCUGAUGAGGCGCAGCAGCAGCAGCAGCAGCAGCGGCAGCAACAGCAGCAAGGCUGCAGCAGCAGCUGCGAAGCAAACUGAGGGCAGGGGGCCCCCCAGCACUUCUACAGAAGAAGGAACUUUUUCUAAUGAGGCAACUCUGAGAGACCCAGUCUCCUGGCUUGAAGCCUAG